AUGAUCAGGCGUUUCGUCCAACUAAAAGGUUAUGACUACAGGUCGAGAUACACUGGCCGUUUCGACGGCGAUCGUCGAUCUCGCUCGCCACGCGACAGGUCUCCAUACGGGGAUCGGACUGAUCGCGGCCCACAGUACCCUGACGCGGACCGCCGCCGGCCGCCCCCGGACUCACGAGGUAAUCCGUCUGGGUUUCCACCUAGUCGGGACGGGUUUCGCGAUUCGCUAUCAGGCAUCCAGCCACCUCGCGGUCCUAAGGCCUUGAUCGACCCGCCCAGUGGCCCCCGUGGUGGUGGCUUUGCUGGCGACUUUCGAGGGAGGGGUCGAGGAGGAGGACGCGGGCGCCAAUGGCGCGAUGACAGCAGGGAUGGAGGACGCGACCGGGAGGAUUAUCGAGACCGACCACACUUUAGAGACGAGCGAAGCCGGGAACGCGAAAGAGUACAUGACCGGGAUCGGGAUCGCGACCGAGAAUGGCCGCCACGCGACCAACGCGACCGGCCCGAUUUCCCUCGGGCUCGAAGGCCAUCCCCGCCCCCACUGCGAGCGCGAUCCCCUCUGCCGAGUCGUGAUUUUCGAGAUACAAGGGACCCGCCUCUUGGUGUUGAUGCUGACCGUGGUCGGCGGGGCUCCAGAGAUGGACCCCUCUCAGCCGGGUCCUCCAACUCUGAUCCUAUGUUUUCUCAAUCACCCUUCCGUGGCGGGUUUCGCGGAGGUAGUCGAGGCGGAGGUCGUGGCCGUGGAGACUGGGAUCAGAGAACCGGUAGAGACAGGGGCAAUUUCUACGAUGAUCGUGAUCGGUACCCGCGCAGUCGGUCGCAGGAAAGCCGCUGGGGACGGGAAGCCGAUGAUCGGGAUCGUAGGGAUAGCAGAUACGCGGAGCCUGGUAGAGACCCCCGGGAUGAUAGGGAGGUUCGGGAAAGGGAAAACAGAGACCGCGAACUCAUUCGCCCCAAAGCGGAUCGUGUCUCACACGAACCACCGUCUGCCAAGGACGUCUCGCCCCCGCCUAUUGCUCCUUCGGCACCCGCAUUUGGCUCCGUUCCGAGUCGCCAGAACACGGCGACGACGGAAAUACAAUCACUAACUGGGAAACCGCCGCCUACUGGUCCCCGGGCAUUGACAGAGGAACGGCCUGUCUCUGCUGGUCACGCAGUUGGGAAUGAACGGCCCCCACCAACGGGACCGUCCAAACCUGCUCUGUCAGACGGAGGCCCUCCUAUCCCCCUCGGGCCCCGGGCCCAACAAAAACAACAAAGAUCGAGCAAGCAAUGGAUUAACCCCUCACUUAACGUCAAGAAAUCACAGGUCGAAUCACCGAAAACUGCUCGGUCACAAAACUUUCCCCUGCAAUCCGCCCGACCUUCCGGCAGCUCGUCCUCCCACUCCGAAUUCCACCGUGACUUUGACAAACGGCCCCGUAGCCCUGGCGCACGAUCGGACUCCCAUGCCCUGGGUGCAGAACGCGAACGAUUCGGGCUACAUGUGGCCACAGGCCCGAACGAGAUUAUGAUCAAGUCGGAGCGGGGCUCGCAGUCUGCCAGGGCGUCUGUCGAUCGCGAAACAAAGACGGCGCCGAAUAGUGCCGAUAUUAAGAUGGGAGGAAUGGAUCUUGACCGGCCCCGUGAACAACAAGAAAAGGCCCGUCUCAACGAACAAGCAGUGAGCCCGGCCGCUUCAUCAAAGCCUGGCGAUUCCGUGCCUGAGCAACCCACCGAGCCACAACCCGCCAUACAAAAGAAGUUUACCGUGCUUGCUGUGCCGUUUUCCCGAGUACAAUUGCCACCGAGAGAAGCACCACCGCCAGCGUCUGACGAAUCCUCGGAAUCCGACGACGACGAGGAUAUGGAUGUCUACUUCGAGCGCGAAAUUUCCAAGACGGAAUCUGAACUCAAAAGAGCCCGGGACGCAGCUGAGAAAGUUCCCAUGCCCAUCGUCAGGCGAUACGCGGGUCUCGUACACACAGCGCUGUUGAGUGUUUUGAACAACGACGAGGCGAGUCUGACGAAGCUGGUUGGGCCGGUUCCCGAAAACUUCACGUUCCCUCGCGUUAAGCCAAGUGCUGAGGUGGCUAUCAAGGAAGUUCCCGGUGCCGGGGCGGAUGAAACUGUAGCACAAGAAAAGGGGCAAGACCAGGCGCAGGGACAGCCAGUUCGCGAACCCUCGGCCAUUCCGACCGUGGAAAAAGCCGAUGAGCAGCCAGCUGUUGAACGACCUGAACCCCAGCCCAAAGUGGAGGAAGUGGACACGGAAGGGUCAGGAUUGCCCCCUGUGCCAGAAAUCGGAAAAUCUAAGCCGCUAGAUCACGAUGUAGAUAUGCGCGAUGCUGCGGACGCGGAACCUGCGGCGAUUCAAGCUCCUGUUCCAACACAUGUACCAACCGCUCGAGAGGGUCUGGGCAUCCUUCUCCAGCCGCCCGUUGGUCGGCCUGGAUUGGACAAGAACAACGUGUCGCGUGAAGGCAGCGAAAACAGAACGGAGGACGACGCGAGCAUCUACGGCAGUGUCGAAGUGGUCCGGGAAUUCUCUGCCACACCGCCGGCAGAAGAUCUUCCCAUGUACAAUGUCAAGCCAUGGUUCCGCAGCCGGCGGGUGCGCAAGAUGGGGGAACAGGCUGCCAAUUUCGGCGACUUCCUGUUCCAUCAUUUCCAGGACCAGACGGUAUCGGCACAUCUCGCACAGGACGAACUACGCCAAGAAUAUCGCAAGAAGUAUGACGCAUACCUCCGAUUCACGCACUCGGAUGACCAGGCCGCAAUCAGGAGCCGGGACUUCUUUGCUAGCUCCGGGGUUCAGCCUGGGACGACCGGUAAGGCGGCCGCUGCAGACUCGAAACCCGAAGGGGGCAGAAGAGGGGCAGGCCGCUUCGCAACUGAGUUCGAUCUCGAUUACGCGAUCAAGGAGUCGAUUCGAGAACACGAGGAGAUGAGGGAGCGGGAGGCGCGUGCACUAAAGGAGAAGUAUCGGACCGAGAAAGAAGCGUCUAUCCCGGAAAUGUUCUGGACUGAGGAAGAGAAGGAUCAAGUCAACUUCUACGACACGGCCGGGCUGUUGCCGCUGGAAAAGCUGGUCGCGACGUGGCAGGUGGUGCCACAGCACGUCAACUUCACGCAGGACGAGGCAGACAAGUUCGAAAAGGCAUACCUCGAGACACCGAAGCAGUGGGGGCGGAUCUCGCGCGAAGUCGGGAAACGAGACCCGGGCACAUGCAUCCUCUACUACUACGCCAAGAAACGCGAUCUCAAUCUCAAGGACAAGCUUAAGAAGCAGCCGCGGCGCCGUAAGAAGGGCCGCGGGAAACAACGAUCAAGCGCGCUGGUGUCGGAGUUGGGUAACACAGAAAAUGAAACAGAGGAUACUUCGGGGGCCGGGGCUGGCCAGGAGACGGGGGAGAAUGGGGAAAGGAGACGUCCACCGCGCCGUGCUGCGGCACCUGUGUGGGGUAACAAUGACAACGCAACACCCAAUGCGGACUCGGAUGGAGCAACACCUGCGCCGACACCCGGCCGGAGAAGAGCGGGCACGACGGCCGAUGCGAAAGACGGGCCAGGCGGCGUGGACAGGCCCGAAGCCGCUAAGAGAGGCGGGCGCAAAGCACGUCAACCGAGAGCGGAUAAGGAAGCCAAGGGGCCGAAGCAGCUGGCGCAGGCUCCCGGGCCUGGAGGUGGUGUGCCCCUGGCUGUUCCUAGCGGGAAGCCGGGACGGGCGCGGGCCAAUUCAAAGGCGCAAGGCCCGGAGUGGUUGUCACCGUCGACCACCGUCGAUAUGGCCGCUGCUAGCCGGACACCGUUACCGUUCGAUGUACCCCACGGAGCAGCAGCAGGAGCAUCGGGGGGGAUGCAACCACCACUCGUUCCGGUCCAACAACAAGGUCAACUCGCAAGCCCCGAGCGAGGAGGACCCCCACCGAUUUCUUCCACGAUUUCCGAGGUCAUGGCACCGCCAUCACUUCGGCCCGAACCACCCCCGCCUCCACCGCCCGCUUCGGUUCCCACCUUUGAGAUCUCGCAGCCCGCUGGGCCGGACCGGAUCCGCACGCCGCAGCAGGCGUCGAGCUACUGGAGCGUGUCGGAAACUACGGAUUUCCCGGGGCUGCUGCGGGCGUUUGGCACGGACUGGUCCAAGAUUGCGAAUCAUAUGCAGACCAAGACGGCGACGAUGACCAAGGAGGGCACGAAACCCGAGUGGGAACAAAUCGCCAUGGAAGCCGACGGCAAAGGCUCUCGGGGCGAAAAACGGCCUCUGCCACCCACACCAACACAAGGGCCCCGAAAGCGAUACGACGUCUCGUCGGCGACUGGACACCGGCCUUUGGCUGCGGCCGAGCCCGACGAGGGGAUGCUCACCAAGGUCGAACCACAGCCGCAGCCGAGCCAGCCGUUCUUGCGCUUCCAGGUCCCGAUCGCACAGGCCGCACCGGUAUCUCAUACACUAGGUCAACCACCAACAUCAACAACUGCCACGGCAUCUCAGCAGGCUCCGUCUGCCAGCCCAGCUGUCUCGCAGGCCAUGUCUCCACAUACUCAUCCUCUGCGACCACCCGCGCCGAGUUAUUCGUACCCGGAGAGGGAGAUCAGAGAGAUGGAGCCUCAACCACUGUCACAGCAACAGCAGCCCGUCCGUAUCUCGCAGAAGCCUGUUUCUACCGCUGUUCCAAAAACCACCGCGCCAAUUCCAUCCGUGCCCGAACCUGCACCAUCGCGCACUGCGCAGUGGCAGAACGAUUUAGGCGGGCAGUUCUCCCUGCUUUCGCAGCAAGCCGACAAGGCACGCGGUGGACCUCGGGAUGUGCGAGACCGGUCGAGGCUGGAUCUUGGUCCACGAGAUUCGCCUCGGCCGGCGGACCGUGCCCCGCCGCUGCGGAUGAAGCAGGAACCCGAAUCCGCUCUGCAUCAUCCGCAUCCCGAUGCAUACCCGCCGUACCAGCCGGCGCAGCGCGGUAUGUCGUCACGUACGGAACCGGCCCCGCUCGGGCGGCCCCAACAAGCGCAGCCGCAGCCACCCGGACAACCCGAACCGUCUCGGAGUACCGCUUCGUACCCACCGCCGAUUCACACGCAGCAGCAGCAACAGCAAUCUGGGCGCAGCUUAUUUGGUGAGCCCCCGCAGCCUUCGCAGAUCUCGCCCGCGAACGAACGGCCCUUGUCGAGCAUCCCACGGCGGACGCCAGUGCCGAUGCAAGACUCACCUUAUGGAGCUGCUCCGUCUUCCUCCUCUCUCCCUUCGCCCGCUCCUCCAGUUCAACCACCAGCACAGCAGCAGCAGCAGGCUGCGCCUGCGCCUGUUCCGCCUCGCGCUCCGGAACGCAAGGUGAACAUCAUGUCGCUGUUGAACGACGAUGAACCGCCCGCACCGAAGCGGGUCGCUGAAGUCUCGGCUCCCAACCGAAGCUUGACCCCUCAGCCCCUGUCUCGCCCUCCGCCCGCAACAUCUCUGCCGCCGAGGAGAGAUGUCGAGACGGGAUACCCGUAUGCGCGGAACCCCGGGCAACCGCCGCAAUCUGCCAUCCCACCGCUCAAACCGUACCACACCCAGUCGCCGCAGCCUGGACACAUGCGCGUGCCAAGCUCCGGCAUGCCGGGCAUGGACCGUAUGGAUCGCAUGGAGCGUAUGGAUACGGGGCCGGAUGCCCAGAGAGACUACUACGCUCGGCAUUCUUACCCAGCCCAGCACAUCAGCGCUUCCAACUCGCCUCAGUCACAGCACACCCCGUACGCUCCACCUGGGCAACAUCAUCCGCAGCACUCGCAGUCCAGUCAAGGUGGUUACCCAACCCAGCAGCCGUACCAAACGUACCAAGUCAGUCAGUCUCGUCCCCCGUCGCCGCCAUCGCAGUACCCUCCUCAUCCGUCCAUGUCGGGCCGACGAGAAGCGGUUCCUGCACCUCGUGAGUCGUGGUUGCAGCAGCAACAGCCCAUGCAUCCACACCAGCACCCGCACCCUCACCAGCACCAACACCAUCCUCAACAACAACCUCUGCCGCACCACGGGCACCAGCAACGCCCUUCACAGUCUGGCUGGCCACCCCAUCAGGCACCGCCCAAGCCCUCGCAGUCUCUGCCCACUCAAUCGGCCUGGGCCGCGCAGAAUGGCGGUGUUCCCACGAAGCCAUCCGUCAGCAGCCCGUUGCCAGCACAGCAACACCAUGUCUGGCCGACAGCAGGGCCUGGUCAACAGCAGCAGCAACAAGCUCAACAACCUUCUGCCUCUCACCAAUCGCACCCCCUCAACCUACGUGAUCCUCGUGGACCAUCCGUGUACGAAUCCCAAAGCCCGACAACCGGUAUGCCCACACACCCUCACCACCAACACCACAAUUCCCUCGGCGGCGGCAGCAGUGCCGGCCGGUACGUGCCGUCUCCGCAGGAUUCCAUUCGUAGGGGCGAACAACCAACGCCUCUAGCGCCUCAGCAGCCACAACAGCAACAACCCACCAGCGGCGGUGGGAGCAGUGCCAACUCAAGCACCGGUGGACCGCAGGCUCCGUACGCGCGGUACGCGAACACCCCCGGACCAGCGGUACAGCACCCGCCGCCGGGUCGAGAAUUACCAGGACGGAGUUACACUCCAGUACCGGGCGGAUUUGAUCUACGCGGAUCACAGGGUGCGCCGCGGGGACCACCCGGUCCCCCUGGAUCGCAAAGUCAAAUAAGGGACCAACAACUAAGGGAUCAACAAAUGCGGGAAGGAUUCUCGCAUCAGCACCAACAGCAGCAACAUCAGCAUGUCCAUCAACAGCAAAUGCGAGAGGCUCAGAUGCGGGAAAACCAAAUGCGUGAGAGCCAGAUGAGAGAGUCCCAGCUAAGGGAGGCGCAGCAGCAGCAACAGCAAGGUCAAGGUGGAAGUGGAAGUGGUGGGAGUGGAAGUGGAAAUGGGAUUUUGGGUCGGCAGUUACGGCCGGGGCCGCCGGGCCCGAGUGAGGGGGCUAUGGGGGGUGGGGAGAGACGGUAUUAA